CGAGGAGAGAUCUCAUCUCGGCUUCUCCGCCGCCGUCGCCGCCAUGCCUCCCUCCCCAUCUUCCGCCGGUGCGGGCGCCGCCUCGCCUUCCGGUUCCGCGUCCGCUUCCGGCUCCGACCCGACCCCGUCUUGGUGGGAGUCCGUCUCGCAGGCACGGUCCCGCAUCCUGGCGCUCUCCUCCAUCCUGCCCGCGGCGGUCUCCCACGACGUGGCGGCGCUGGCCGACGCCGACCGCCCGGCGCGCGCGCUCCUCCGCUCGCCCGCUGCCUAUUCGGCGCUCUCCGACGCGCUCCGGGCGGGCGGGGGCGCCGACGACCCGGCCUGCCACUGGCUCUACGACACGCUCCUCUCCGCCGACCCGGACCUCCGCCUCGCCGCGCUCGCGUUCCUGCCCCUGCUGGCGGCGCUCUACCUCCGCCGCCUCCCACCCGAGCUCCCUUCCUCGCUCUCCGGCUUCGAGGCCGUCCUCCUCGCCGUUUACUCCUCCGAGGCCAAGAAUCGCCAGGGGAAGCCGGUCCUCGUCCAGGUGCCCGACCUCUCCGUCCCAUCCCUGUACCACACGCCGGCGUCCAGCCCCAGCUCCAAGUCCCCUCGCCGGUCGCAGCCCCCGCCGAUCCCCCCUCCGCAGGCGACUCCCGUGGUGGGGGUGCUGUCGCCGCCGCUGGAGCCACAGGCCGCGGUGAAAUCGACGAAGCGCGCUGGAAUUAUUGGAGUUGCAUUUGAGGCCUACUACUCCAAGAUUUCGCAGAUGCCUGCUGCGUCGAAGGUGGAUGCCUGCAAUGCUGUGGCUGCGUGGGCGGGGCAGUACUGCAAAUGCCGUUUUGAGCUGGAUGAGAAAGAACUGGAAGAAGAGGAAGGUGACUCUUUGGGGUCUGCCUCGUCAAUGACCUCGGAGAUUGAGAAUGGGAAGGAACUGGAGGACGAAUUGGCCAGGACGCAUAUCAAUGGAGACAGCAGUGGCCGGAAUUGCAGCGGGGACGACAAGGAGGCGAGGGUGCCACUUCCCUGGGAGCUGCUCCAGCCAGUGAUGAGGGUUCUUGGGCACUGCUUGCUUGCCCCGCUGAACCCACCUGAGGUGCGUGAUGCCGCAGCAGACGCAGUGAGGGUCGUCUAUGCCCGUGCAUGCCACGAUCUUGUGGCACAGGCAAUCUUAGCAUCACGAAGCUUGAUUGAGCUUGACAAGAGCGCACGAAAGGCUGCCAAGGCAGCAGCUGCUGCGGCUUCUGGGCAAAUUGUUGCAGUUGGCACUGCUGGAAGCAAUGCAUCAAGCUCUAGGCCAAGUUCAAAGCCAAAUACACCAAGCAAGCAGCGGAAGCCUGACACACUGCUCGUGUCCAAAUGAAGUCAAAUGCGCUACAUCUAGCAAGAGUGUUUGCUUAUGGUUCCUCAAGAGAUCCAAUCAGAGGCCAAAUAUCAAAACGAUUCCAUAUCUUAGCUAGUAAGUAACUAAUUUUCCUUGUAGUUUGGGGGAAAUCCUGAAGAAAGCUCAAUGCCUCAUUGAUUAGAAUUCUGCACUUGUAGUCGAUUUCCAACACAUAUACUUGUUUGAAGGUUCCAGUCACCAUGUUGUAAUACAGAUGUACAUGUAGGUCGUAGGUGAUGUAUUUUUCAUUUCUAACAAGCUUCUAAGUUCUAUG